UAUGGCAAAGGGGAACAACUCUAAGUAGAAAGCAAAGCCAUGAGGACGCCAUGUUGAAUGAAAGGGAACACAAACGCUUUUAAAGAUAAAAAAAAAAUAUGUACGGAUGGCAGCAGAUGCAUGGGGGGAUACCUGGUCAGCAGAUGCAGUUCUAUGGCCAGGGUAGCAUCGAACAACAGCAACAAAUGUACCAGUGGUACUAUCAACAACAACAACAACAAGCUGCACAUCAACAAUGGCCGGGCCAAGCAAUGCCAGUGGGUAUUCCACCAAACCUGCCGCAGCCUCCAGUCGGACCAGCUCCCCCACUGCCGACUGAUCCCCCUCCUCCAACACCCGAAGAAAAGGAACCAGGGAAAGCCGACGAGAAAUCAAAAGAUGCCCCUCCUCUGCCAGUAAACCCCGCCCCUCCAAUGGAUGUGAAACCCCCCCUACCUCCUGAGCCACCACCUGAAGAGGGGAGUAAAACCAAACAGACUAAAGAUACCAAAGAAAAAGCUGAAGAAGAACAGAAGCUGACAGCUCUUCAGCAGCAAGCAGCUCAUUGGCAACAACAACAACAACAACAACAGAAACAACAACAACAACAAUGGCCCCAGACACAGGGAGGCUGGUCACAGCAGAACCAGUGGGGAGCUCCACCUCAGCCAAACACACAAGCACAUCAACCAGUUCCACCCUCAGGACCAGCUACAGCGAGCCCAGCUAUGGAGGCCAUCAAACAGGAGGAACGUGACUUUGAUGUACAGUACAAACAGUGGAAACAGCAAUAUGAUGACUGGAAGGCUCAGAAUCAACAUCAUCCCAACAAGGAACAGUUCCUACAGUACGAAGCAACAUGGAGACAAUAUGAACAACAGAUGGAGGGGAAACGGUUGGAAAUCGCCACCAGGAAAGCAGAGGUUAUUAAAAGGGAGGAAACAACAGUAGAUACAGCCCAACAGCAGGGAACAGCAGACAGUAGCAAUACACAGAGAAAUUUAGGCUCAACCCAACAAGGAAACAACAAUCAACCAGAUAAUUUUGGUCCAAACCAACAAGGAAAUAACAAUCAGCCUGGCAAUUUUGGCCCAAACCAACAAGGAAAUAACAUUCAGCCUGGCAAUUUUGGCCCAAACAAGCAAGGAAAUAACAUUCAGCCUGGCAAUUUUGGCCCAAACCAACAAGGAAAUAACAUUCAGCCUGGCAAUUUUGGCCCAAACAAGCAAGGAAACAACAGUCAGUCUGGUAAUUUUGGCCCAAACCAGCAAGGAAACAACAAUCAGCCUGGUAAUUUUGGCCAAAACCAACAAGGAAAUAACAAUCAGCCAGGCAAUUUUGGUCCAAACCAACAAGGAAACAACAAUCAGCCUGGUAAUUUUGGUCCAAACCAACAAGGAAAUUUUGGUCCAAAUCAACAAGGUAACUUUGGUUCAAACCAACGAGGGGGCUUUGGCCCGAACCAGCGAGGGAACUUUGGUCCUAACCACCGAGGAAACUUCGGUUCAAACCUACAAGGUAACUUCAGUUCAAACCAACAAGGGGGCUUUGAUUCGAACCAGCGCGGGAACUUCGGUUCUAACCAGCGAGGAAACUUUGGUCCAAACCAAGGAAAAUUUGGUCAGAAUCAGCAAGAUAACUUCGGAUCAAACCAACAGGACAAUUUUGAACAGAGACAAGGAAAUUUUAGCCCAAAUCAACAGGGAAAUUUAGGUCAUGAAGGAAAAUUUGGCCAGGGUCAGAAUCAGCAACAAAAUGCUGACCAGGAUGAAGACAAACAAGAUUUUGGCCAAGGAAUCGACCAAAAGGAAGGGUUUGGUUCUAAUCAGCAAGGACAUUUUGGUAAUAAUCAAUCAGGUAAUUUCGGACCAAACAUGCAGCGAGGAAAUUUUCAACAAAAUCAGCGUGGAAAAUUUCAACAAAAUCGUGGUGACAAUUUUGGGCAGGACAACCAAGGGGAUUUCAGUUUUGGACAAGGUGAAAAGCAGGAUGAUUUUGUUUCACAGGAUCAAGAACAAUCAGAUUCUGGAAAUAACUUCAAUCAAAAUUUGGGAUCCUAUCAAGAUAGGAAGUUUGGUCCAUCAAGGAUGAUGGACAGGAGAGGAGGUUUAAACACUGGUCAGAGAUUUCCUGGGCCUGGUUCGGGACCAAGUUCAGGAAUGUUCAGAGGUCCAAAUGCUCCAGGUCAAAUGAAUCGUAUGCAAGGUCCUGGACGAGGUUCAAUGUUACAUGGAAUUCAGUCCAACGAUGGAGAUGAUGACAUGGACUUGGAUAAUCAAGACCAAAAUGAUGAAACUCAGGAUAAGUUUGAAGGAAAUAUGGCUAUGGAUAAUGAAUCAGAUUCUAACAUGCUUAGCAGCCAAGGUCAAAGCGGUGGUCGAGGUCAAAUGUGGGGUCAUGGUCCAAUGGGUGGACAAGGACAAAUGAGUGGUCGAGGUCAGAUGGGUGGUCGAGGACAAAUGGGAGGUCGAGGUCAAAUGGGAGGUGGCAGAGGGCAGAUGGGAGGUGGCAGAGGGCAGUUGGUAGGUGGCAGAGGGCAGAUGGUAGGUGGCAGAGGGCAGAUGGGAGGUCAAGGACCAAUUGGCAAAGAAGGUUCGUUUGGGAUAAGGGGACAAGGCUUAUUGGGCCCUAGGCCUUUUGGUCAAAAUAUGGACAACCAGCAGGGUGAGGGAAAUAACAAUCAAGGAAGAGGCAGAGGAAACCAAAGAGGAAUGCCACAAGGUCUUGGAGGAAGAGGUCAACGAUUUGACGGUCCUCAAGGUCAAAUGAAUGAGUCAGCAGGGGGACGAGGCUUUAUGCGAGGACAAGGUCCCAGGCAGCAGAUGCCAUUUGUUGGAGGCAGAGGAAUGGGUCCAGGCAGAGGUGGUAGGGGUGGUAUGAUGUCUGGUCAGCCAGGUAGAGGGGGAUUCAUGGGUCGAGGGGGAGGCCCUGUUCCAUUGAUGGACCUUAACUUACAGGGAGGAAUGGAUAACUUGGAGGAACAAGAUAUGGAGGAGGAAGAAACAGCUGAGGAUGAUGAGUGGACAUUUGUGGAUGCAAGCACACCAUUUGGAGCUUCACAUGGUAAGGGAUCAUUAUUGGGUCCAGGGCCAGGAGCAUUGUCUAAGAAGGGACCACCACAGGGUACUGGAUCAGGACAGAAGCCCGCUGGUCCACCCACACAAGGUAAAAUGACUUUACCAGCAACAGGAAACCAGCCUAACAAAAAUCAGGCUGCAUCAAACCAGGAAAAGCCCAGUGACAAGAAACCAGAUGCAUCGUCUGGUCUAGAUUCCAAGACUGGUCAGCCAUCCCCAACGAAAGCAAGCACUGUUGUUGGAGGAAAGCCUGGCGAUAAACCAAUAGCCCCUGCAACAGGCAAACCAGGAGAAAAACCAGGAGCUGCAACAGCAAGUAAACCUGGUGACAAACCUGAAGCCACUACAGCAGGCAAACCAGGUGACAAAGCUGGUCCCUCAGGUAAACCUGGAGACAAACCUGAGGAGGCUGCCAAACCUGGAGACAAAACAAGUUCAGAUAAACCUGCAACAGAGGAUAAAUCUGAAGGAGAACAGAAAAUCCCAGGUUUGGGCGAUGAAGAUGAAGAUGAAAGUGAACCCGCAAAGACUAUGAAGGCAAUUCGGGGUGUUGGUGACCUGCUCAAGGCUCUACAGAAUGCCGGUCCUGAGCCUCCACAGAGUACUGACCUGCAGAACAACGCCUCACAGGGCAUGGGUACCCGCCCACCAUGGCCCAGACCAGGACAACAAGGUAUGGGGCCCGAGCCACAACAAGGCCCAAGGUUCGGGGGGCCAAAUCAGGCUGGACCAUUUGGAAGGGGACGGGGCAGAGGACAUGAUCAACAGACAGGCGGUUGGCAGGGCAAUCAAUGGCAAGGACCCCCUGGCAGAGGUAGAGGCAGACAAGGACAGGAAGAUGAAAACCAGCAGGGUUUGCAGGGACCCCCUGGUAGAGGUAGAGGCAGACAAGGUCAGGAGGAUGAAAACCAGCAGAGUUGGCAGGGACCCCCUGGUAGAGGUAGGGGCAGACAAGGUCAGGAGGAUGAAAACAAACAGGGUUGGCAAGGACCCCCUGGUAGAGGUAGGGGCAGACAAGGUCAGGAGGAUGAAAACCAGCAGGGUUGGCAGGGACCCCCUGGCAGAGGUAGAGGCAGACCAGGGCAGCAGGAUGAUGACUGGCAGGGUUGGCAGGGACCCCCUGGCAGAAAUAGGGGCAGACCAGGGCAGCAGGAUGAUGACUGGCAGGGUUGGCAGGGACCCCCAGGCCGAGGUAGAGGCAGAUCUGGUGAGGAGGAGGAGGACUGGCAAGGAUGGCAGCCCGGUAGGGGGCGUGGCAGACAAGGCCAGGAGGAGGAAGACAAACAGAGAUGGAGACCUCCAGGCAGGGGAAGGGGCAGACCAGGACAGGACAGUGGUGAUCAACAGGGAUGGUAUGGUAGAGGACGUGGCGAAGAUGAGAAGGACCAGGGGUGGGGAGCACAAGGCGAUGGGGAGGAUCAGCCAGGGUGGCAGAGAGGACGUGGCAGAGGCAGACCCGACCAGGACUGGCAGGGUCCUGGACAGGACAAGGACUAUGGGGCGUAUGGUGCAGGACAGCCACCUCCACCCUUUGGUGAAGAUGAGCGUCUUGGAAAAGACGACCCAUACAGAAGGGAUGAGUACGGAUAUCCUGACAGAUUUGCUGAUUCCCGACUAGAGGAUCCUUGGAGGGAUCGGCCUGGCUUACCUCCUCGUGACCCCUAUGACCGACCUUUCCCCGAUCCCUACCUUAGACGUGAACAUGACCCCUACUACCGUGACCCCUAUGACAGGAUGUACCUGCCACCCCCAGACCCCUAUGAUAGACGACCCUACUACCCAGAUCCAUACAGGUAUGAUCGAGGAAGACCAUACUCGCCACUAAGCCGUGAGAGAUCACUUGAACGAGAUCCCCUGCUCGACCGAGAGCGAAGCCUUGAUCGUAACAUAGACCGUUAUUUACCAGCUCGUGAUAUAGUUGACAGGCCCUAUGUUCCCCCUAUAGUCAUAGAUCACUCGCACAAGUCUACAGGUUUACAAGAUAUGGAGCCUGCAUUCAUUCCCCCUCAAACAGUCAUAGAUUAUGGACAUGGUCGCAGUAGCAGUAUUGAGGCUGACUCAACUAAUGGUUCGGAAAAGGAAAGAGCUCCAAGAGAUUUUAGAUAUGACCAGGACAGAGGAAACCAGUCGGUACAUGAACCUAAGAUAGAAUCAGUGAAGGUUGACGACCUGCUGGUACCUCCCGGCCGCAACAGCAGGCCCGCACAGAUUGUAGUCAUUCUCAGGGGUCUACCAGGAGCGGGCAAGUCAUACGUUGGCAAACUUGUAAAGGAUAAGGAGGUGCAACAUGGCGGCGGUGCCCCUCGCAUGCUUUGUCUGGAUGACUACUUCAUGGUGGAGGUGGAUAAGGUUGAAAAAGAUCCUGAUUCUGGCCGUAAGAUCAAGAAAAAGUCUCUGGAAUACGAAUAUGAGGCAGAGUUGGAGGACAGCUACAGACAAAACAUGUUCAAGAGUUUUAAAAAGACAAUAGACGAUGGCUUCUUUGCCUUCAUCAUUGUGGAUGCUGUCAAUGAGCGCUGCAAACAGUUUGAGGAAUUUUGGAGUUAUGCAAAAUCCAAAGGUUUCCAGGUCUACAUAGCUGAAAUCCAAGGCGAAGUAGCUACAUGUGCCAAAAGAAAUACACACAAGCGAUCACUGAAGGAAUUAGAGAAAAUUAAAAAAAAAUGGGAGGAGACGCCACGCCAUUACCUGCGACUGGACAUCCGUUCUCUCCUACAGGAGGUGUCUAUCACAGACGUUGAAAUGGAGGAUGAGGUGCGAGAGUCUGGUGAGAAGAGGAAGUCAUCAGCGGCAGAUGAGGAGGACGAGGCUAUUGAGAACAGGUUUGGAGGGGCAUACAAGAAAAGUCGGUGGGAGAUAGACACGUCGGAGGAGCAUUUGGAUAAGUUAGAUGGCCUUCGCCAUGGUAAACGGAAGCGUUCCCCAGACCCAACAACUAUGGAGGAUUUCCUGCAACUAGCUGAUGACAUAAUGUCCCGUCCUUCCAUACCAGGAAAGAAGAGGGUGCAGUGGGCCGAUAUAGAGGAGCGCAAAAACCAGUCUCGACGGCGCGAGAUCGGAUUUGUCGUUGGUCAGACACAGCAGGACUGGGAAAGAAUCACUGACCAUUCCUUUGCUGACCGCCAACUUAAUCAAACAAAAUACUUCUAAUGGCAUUUAUCUGUUAGUACAAAGGUUGUGUUCCCAUUAAGUCCUCUAUCCGGCGGAUGUUGUAGAGAAUGACCAGCACCGUGUGGUUUCUAUGAAGUCUGUUGAUGCAUACAUUUUAGGUCCUAUCUAUAAUUGAUGUUUUGCAAUAUCCCAGCCAUCAGGAGGGCGAUCAGAUCAUGGAUGGACAGUGUAUAAGAUGAUCGGAUCAAAGGAACGAUUCAGUGCUUUGUGAAAUUACCUUUUUAUUGACAUAUAAUGACAGUCACAGACUUUAAACAUUUUCCAUUUUGAUAUCGUAUCAUGCCAUUUUGAAUGCGUUUUCAGGCUUUUGACCGUGUUCUCACUUUUAGCGGUCUCGUGUUUUUAGCUGUAUGUUAGGAGUAAUGAGGAGAAUGUAUGACUUCACCGAUCAUGAAAUUGACUACUAAUAGUAUUUUAACAUUUUAAACGUGUAGUUCAUUUUGUAAAUCUGUUGUGUAAAUGUUGAUAUGAAAUAAAAGUGGAAAUGUAUCGUCCAGUUUUCGUCGA